CGGGGCAGGGGCGGACCCGGCUCGGGCUCCGGCGGGGCAACGUUCCAGCCGCUCCCCGCCCGCGGGCCCGGCGCUGCAGGGAGCGGGCUGCAGCCCGGCUCGGCCGGCAGGGGCAGGCUUACGGCGGGCGGGGCUGGCGCUGGCCGGGCCCGGCGGCGCGAUGGCGGCGGCGCGAGACUAUGUUUGACGUUGCUGUCUAGCUCUCCUGAGGAGGAGUGGGAGGAGCUAGCGGAAUGGCAGAAGGAGCUGUAGAAGGACGUGAUGAGGGACAGCUACAAGACUUCGAUCUCACUGGGUAAAAACUAUUAUUCGCAAGUUUGUAGAAGUGGCAUGAGCUGUGAGGGGCCUGAGUGGUCUUCAGAUCAGGGUUAUUCUCAUGUUUCCCUUCGACUUUGACAGUUUGCACUUGCAUUCCUUUGUGGGAGGGAAAAAAAAAUCCACUCCAGUCAAUGGAGACUCAAAUUACAGAAGGUAGCUCUAAUCCCUCUGUUUACAAUAUUUUCUGGUUUAGGACAAUGGCUGUACUUCUCCGUCUGUGUUUAGCCCACAAGCAGAAACGAGCUGCUGGGUCAUUGCACGUGGUAUGUUGGUGCAAAUAAGGGACAUUCCACGUGGAAAGAGUGUCAAUAUUCUAAUAGAAGCAAUUUAAAUUUUCUGCAGUUCAGCAUCCACACAAUCAGCCUGUCUCUCAUCUAACUCUUUCAUGGCCAAAGAGGUCUGUAAAAUUAUGUGGUGUUUGUCUCUUAUGACUCUCCUGUAGAAAUACAUUGAAUCUCAAUCCCAGUUUCUUGUAACCUCUUAGGACAGAGAUCAAGGUGCCCUUGUGGACAAAUCAAUGAACAUGUUUGCUUAGUGUGUAGUGGUUACUGAGUAAGCAAUUAAGAUUUUAGGCUGUACUGUGACAGACAGAAAACGUUACAAUGGCAUUAUCUGUGGUACAGCUUCACCUUAAAUGAUGCUGUAUUCAUUUGUGGGGCCUUUAUCUCCUAGACUGUAGCCUGUGUAAUGCAGGAGGCCAGAUUAGAUGAUCACAGUGGUCUCUUCUGGCCUUAGAAUCUGGGAAUCCUAUGACGGAAGAGACCCAUUAAAGAGACUGAUAUUGGUAUUUUAGAAAAGAAUUUGAUAUAGUAUCUCGCAAAACCUUACUCCCAAAAUUGGGUGGGAUAGGAGAACAAUUUCUUGGAUAUAAGACAGUUCAAAGAUCACAAACUAGAAUUAACAACAAAUAGCCAUGUUCUGGGUUGGGAGACGGUUACAGAAGCAUUUGGUCCAGCAUUUAAAAUGGUGGUCAUUGCUCUGGAUGAGGAGGUAAGCAGCAUGCCAGUAGAUUUAGGAGGUGGUGCUAAACUGCGAGGAAUCGCAAACGCCAGUGAGGACAGGAAAACAAUAGGGAAUGUUGCAAAAUUACAAACCUGACUGGAAAUAACAAAAUUACAAACAAUAUGGCAGCUAAUACAUUUGGGGACAGGUUGAAAUGCUCCAUUGGAGGGACAAUCCUGGGAAGCAGUAAGGUUGAACGAGACUUUUACAAAAUACCAAAUACUCUGUGCUUGCCAAGUAACAGAAAAUAUGGUGUGAUUCUUCCCCGCCCCCCCACUAACAGGCGUGCUGUCACCAAAUCAGACGUUGUAUUCCUGAUUGAACGUGGGGAAGAGCCAUGUGUGCAGGCUCACCAGGAGUCGAGGGAAAGUGACCUUUCUACAGGGGUCUCCUCUGAUGAUGGAAUCAAAUGGAAGACUGAGGAGAAUCAUCAGCAGGGAAAUUCUGAGGGUUUGGCAGAGCACAGGAAUUUAUCACAAAGAGAGAAAGCAAACAGCUCUGCUGAGGGAAAUACGUGUGAGAGUGAACACGGGCCAGCCGGCCAACACAGGAACAUAGGGGAUGAGAGCGUGGAGAAAUCCACUCCAAGUGAAAGACCUUUCAGUAAACACCAAAGCAUUCCUAUCCACACAGGAGAGAGACCCCAUAAAUGUACUGAGUGUGACAAAAGCUUCACUCGCCGCUCACAUCUUCUUCAGCACCAGAGAAUCCACACGGGGGAGAGACCCUAUAAAUGUACCGAGUGUGAGAAAAGCUUCAGACAGAGAUCAGAGCUGAUUGAUCAUCAGCGAACGCAUACUCAAGAGAAACCUUACAAAUGUGAUAAGUGUGGGAAAAGGUUCAUUCGGAGCACACGGCUUAUUCAGCAUCAAAAUGUUCACAAUGGAGUGAAACCCCACAAGUGCCCCCAGUGUGAGAAAAGUUUUAGCUGGAUCUCAUCAGUUAUUAAACACCAGAGAGUCCAUACAGGUGAGAGACCCUAUAAAUGCCCCGACUGUGAGAAAACCUUCAACUGGAGCUCAACCCUUGUAAAGCAUCGGAGACUCCACACAGGAGAGAGACCCUAUAAAUGCGCUACCUGCACAAAGUGCUUUGUACAGAGUGCAAAUCUUAUUAAACAUCAGAGAGUCCACACACAACAGAAACCCUAUACGUGUGGGGAAUGUGAAGAAACCUUUCUGAUCAGGUCUCAUUUCAUUCUGCAUCAGAGAAUGCAUACGGGAGAGGAACUCUACAAGUGUGAUGGCUGUGAGGAGUGGUUUGGUCUUGUCUCGGAUCUUCAUAGACAUCAGAAGAUCCACACAGGAAAGAAGCCCUAUAAAUGCUCCGAAUGCAACAAAAGCUUCAACAAGAGUUCAAAUCUUAUUAAGCAUCAGAGAAUCCACACAGGAGAGAGACCCUAUAAGUGUCCCGACUGUGACAAAAGCUUCAUUCAGAGCUCACACCUGAUGCUCCAUCAGAGAGCUCAUAGGGGAGAAAAACCCUACAAAUGUCCUGACUGUGAGAAAAGUUUCCACCAGAGCUCCCAUCUCAUUCAGCACCAGAGAGUCCACACGCAAGAAAAGCCCUUUAAAUGUCCUGAGUGCGAGAAAAGAUUCAGCCGAAGCUCAGUGCUAAAUAAACACAAACGAAUCCACGUGGGAGACCAGAACUAUAAAUGCAGCAAGUGUGAGGAAACCUUCACUAGCAGCUCCCACCUUCUUCAGCACAAGAGAACCCACCAUGUGGAAAGACCUUACACAUGCCCUAGCUGUGAGAAGAGUUUCAGUCGCAGCUCGCAGCUUAUGCUCCAUCAGAAAAACCACGCAGCAGAAAAACCAUACAAGUGUGCUGACUGUGACAAAGGCUUCAUUUACAGCUCACAUCUAAUUCAGCAUCAGAGAACUCACACUAGAGAGCGACCAUAUAAAUGUCCAGUGUGUGAGAAAAGCUUCAUUCAGAGCUCGCAUCUCCUUCAGCAUCAGAAAAUCCACACGGGAGAGAGACCUUUUAGAUGCAGUGAUUGUGAGAAAACCUUCAAUCGGAGUUCCAACCUUAUUAAACACCAGAGAACUCACAUCAGGGAGAACCUGUAAGAGAUGCUUCCAUAUGAACUCCACACUGUUGACUAUAAAAGUAUUCACACCGAAGGAAAAUCCUAUAAAUAUUCCAACGGUGAGAGAAGCUUCAGUCAGAACUGGUCAUGUUGUUCAGCUUCACUGUAUUGAACUGAAUUAAGAUCUCUAGGAAACUUGCCUUGCCCUUCUUAUACUGGCAAGAGUUUUGAUGGUAUAAAUUAUACCAGUUUCCCCAACAAUAUACUAUACCGGCAAAUGGAAUCAUUUGCCGAUAUAACUAUGCCUACACUACAGAUUUUGCUAGCACAAUUAUGUCUAUUAAGGAUGUGUGAUUUGUGAGUGAACAAUGUGCUUGUAAAAGCCCCUAGUGUAGGCACAGUUACAUUGCCAAAAUUUGCACUUUUACCAGUUUGUGGGGGACAAGGAGAGACACUGUAAUAAACUAUACUAGCAAAAUAGUUAGAUGGGGAUUGGUCCUGCUUUGAGCAGAGGGUUGGACUAGAUGACCUCCUGAGAUCCCUUCCAACCCUGAUAUUCUGUGAUUCUAUGACCAUGCUAUUUUGCCAGUAUCACCUGAGUCCAUGUUAGCAGCAGUUUGCGGGUAUUUUAUAUCAGUAUAAUACAUUGGUGUAACUGUAUUGGCCAAGUCUUACAAGUGUAGGACUCCAACACAGUAAGUAACAAAGCGUUGAUUGCCUGAAGUGAAUAGUUAAGCUCCUCUAAAAAAUGGGAAAGAGACUGCAAUUUGAUGCCUGUCUAUGUGCAGAGAAAGAAUAGACUCUUCUCUCUUCUCUUCUCCCACCCCUAGGUCACAAGAAUUGAUCAGAGGUGAUUAUUUAGCUUAUGCUUUUCAGAUCAUGUAUUCAAUCAUCUGUCACUGGGACUGUUCCACCUGGAAGAGGGAGUAAUUUACAUGAUCAUUAAAUAUUCAGACGGUGUAAAACUGGAGCGAGCUGCAGAUGCCAUGGAGGAAAGAGAAAUAAGUCAAAGGGACCUGGGGAGAUCAGGCCCCCGUAGGAGUAGAAAUCAACAGAGUAGGUAGGAAAAGGAAAACUGCUGCAUGUGUGCAAAAGUGAUCUGAAAUACAAACAGUCCCUGGCAGAGAACGCUAGUGAGUGGUGCUGAAGGUAAAAGGCAGCAGUGCAGAGAUGUUUGCUUUAGGGUGUCUCAUUGUACAGUCAUCUUGCCUGAGUUUAGCUCAGAAUAUCACUAAUAAAUUAGAGGUUGUGACUGAGAGUCCAACACUGUUGGGUUCUGUUCCCAGCUGUCCCAUGGACUCCUGCUUUGUGCCUCUGUAGAAGAGAAAAACAAAUGUAAUUUGGGGUUGUAACUGCGGAGGCAUGAGAUUCCAGAAUAGCUGUGGAACAGUCUCCCAUGAGAAGUGAUGAGAUUCAUGUUGCUUGGGACUUUUAACACUAGACUGGGCACAUCCCUGGAAAAUAUUCUGUGUUGGCUCCAUCUGUUUUUGGGAGGGGGGGUAAUUUCUGAUCUGACAGCACACCAGCAGGCUGUUGUAUUUUUUUGUUCUUUAGGAUUAAAAAAAAUUAGAUCUUUGGAAUUAAAAUGGUAUUUUAUCAAACUU